GCGCGCGCGCCGAUUCCUGGGGUUGGACGCCCCCCCCCCCGCCGCGCAGCCGAAGAAGCAGGUGCAGCGAGGCGAGCGAGCUGGUGCGGCGCAAGUUGAGGUAGAGCCACCAAGAGAACAAAAUGGACCUUGAUGUGCUGAACAUGUUUGUAAUAGCGGGAGGCACCCUGGCUAUCCCAAUUUUGGCAUUUGUGGCAUCCUUCCUUCUGUGGCCUUCAGCACUGAUCAGAAUAUACUACUGGUACUGGCGCCGCGCCCUGGGCAUGCAAGUUCGAUACGUGAACUACGACGACUACCAGUUCUGCUACUCCUACCGAGGGAGGCCUGGCCACCGGCCCUCUGUGCUCAUGCUGCAUGGAUUCUCGGCCCACAAAGAUAUGUGGCUUUCUGUAGUCAAGUUCCUUCCAAAGAACCUGCACUUGAUUUGUGUUGACAUGCCUGGCCAUGAGGGUACCACUCGCUCAUCCCUAGAUGACUACUCAAUCUAUGGGCAGGUGAAACGAAUACACCAGUUUGUUGAAUGUAUCAACCUGAACAGGAAACCCUUCCAUCUACUUGGAACUUCCAUGGGCGGAAAUGUUGCAGGAGUUUAUGCUGCUCAGUACCCAGCGGAGAUCUGCAGCUUAAGUCUUAUAUGCCCUGCAGGGCUGCCGCCUGUCGUGGAAAGCAAAUUUGUUAAGCUGCUGUGGGAGCUGAAGGAGUCUGAGUCCCUCAGCCAGAUUCCCCUGAUUCCAUCCACCCCGGAGGAAAUGGCAGAAAUGUUAAAGCUUUGCUCUUACGUACGCUUCAAAGUGCCCCAGCAGAUCCUGCAGGGCCUCGUCGAUGUCCGCAUCCCGCACAAUGACUUCUACCGCAAAUUGUUUUUUGAGAUUGCAGAUGAGAAGUCCACCAAGUCGCUUUAUGAAAACAUGAGCAAGAUCAAAGCUGCAACGCAGAUCAUCUGGGGAAAGCAAGAUCAGGUCCUAGAUGUUUCAGGAGCGGACAUCCUAGCAAAGUCGAUUCCUGGCUGUCAGGUACACAUUCUGGAAAACUGUGGACACUCAGUAGUCGUGGAACGGCCCAGGAAGACGGCAAAGCUGCUCCUGGAGUUUUUAGCUACGGUACAGAAUAUGGAUCACAAUAAGAAGCUGGCUUGAACCGCCCACUGUCAAGUUGAACCCUUAAGCUAGAUGUUUCAGUUAUGAUGAAAUACUGCUGAUUCGAUCAAUUCUCAGGGGUCUCAUACAGAACUUGGUGACUGUGCCAAAAUCCCUGAAGAAACCAGAUUAAUAUAUUUAAUUUGUAGGACCGUCAGUGAGGUGGCUCAUGGGAUACUGAGCAAACUUCUGAUAAUGUGUGUUGAUAAACUCCAAUAAAGUUUACAUUAUCCAGAUAUUUUGGGUGUAGUAAAAGAGCCAUCAGAUUUAUGACUAAUUUUUUUCGUUCAGGCACUUUCCGUCUAUUUUUUUAUAAUGUUUCCCACUCCUUUCUAUCCAAGUUGGGGUAGAUAACAUGCAUGCUAGCUAGACAGAGUCAUGAGAGCCUCUGUCUGACCUAUCUUACCUUGCUGGAAAUGUACCCAUUUCUUAGACUGUCUUUGGUAAUUUUUCAUUGAAUUGUAAAUCUAGUAACAUGAGAAGAAGCUGGAAGGACAGAUCUUUUGGAUUCUUUCUGACUUUAGUGAAUUUCUUUGCGAAGUUCCUAAAUUAUCCGGAAAGUAUGUACCCUGCAUAUCCACUGGCCUUUACCUUUAGCAUACAUGUAAUAUAAUUAUUUAUAUAAUAUAUUAACUAGCCUGUGACCUCAAUUCAGAAAAUUCUAUAUCACAGAAUGUACUGGCCACUCCUAGGUUUAUGCAGCUGUGUUAUGUGAUCUAGCAUAAUAUCUGGCUAAUUGGAAUGUAGAUGCCAAUGACAUUCAUCUUGAAACAUAUAGGAAAAAUCAGUAAGGAGCAAAACUUCAUAGGCUGAGAGCGAAGGGAUGUUCCUGCCUCUUAGUAUAUAUGGCCUUGCAUGAUAAGCAAUUGUUACAAAUGAUUCUUAGGAUCCAGGUGGUUGCUAAAGUGCUGUUUAUGUCGCUCAUCAAUUUAUGAUUUCAGCAGAGAAGGAAGGCAAUGCGUAAAAUUUUAAGGGCAUGAAAGUUUUAGAGAAUCUGCAACUCUGCAAUGUUUACACUGAUUUAUUAUGGAUGAGUUUUUGUAUCCCUCAAGAGCUCUGUUUCUUACGUAUGUACCGCCUUAAUAGUCAGUAAUGCUGAAAUACUGGUAUAAUCUGAUUUGAAUCAGGAAAGGUUUUUUAUGGUUGUAGUAUUCAAACAAUUUUGGAAUAACUAGUUUUGGGAUUCAGACUCAAGGGGGAAAUUCACUGACUAUGUACUAAACAAACACACACAGCUUAGGUCUACUGAAAUCAACAGGACUGUUCCUGAUUCAAGCGGUUAGCAUAUUCCCUGUGAAAAGUGAUCUUUCUGUGCAGUUAAUAAACCAAGUGGAGCCAUUUCUGGAGCCAUUUUUUUCCAUCUAGAUGGGACUUUCUCCAAGCAAUAAUGCUGUAUGUAGAUAGAUGUACAAGUGAUCCAAUUCAGGUUAAAGUUGGGAUGAGCUGUUUUCUCAGCUCUUUUCUUAAUUGUUUGUUCUGCUGAGUUAUUUUGAUGUAAAUAAUUGAGUUUCUUAAUGAAUUCUGUGAAUUCUGUGAAUGGUAAUUUCUUGGCUGGGAGGGGAGGGGGGGAAUGUCUACAUGUAAAAAUAAAAUCUAAUUAGGGUACUCUAAA